AUGCAACAAGAUAUAAAGGAGAUGAUGAUGAAGUUCUGGCUUAUAUUUUCAAUUCUCUUCUUCCCUGCGAUUGAGAGCUCUGAAUAUCGCCUGACGGAGCUCCGUAAAGCCAGCGGAGAGGAAGUAGUGAGGCUUCGCAGGACUUUGGGACCCUGCCUCCCAAACCCCUGUUUUCACCAGGGAGUGUGUAGGGUGGUAGACAACAGGGCAAACUGCACUUGUAAGACCGGCUUUACGGGACGAUUCUGUAAAGACAUGGAGGUGAAACUCCUGUGCGAGGAGGAGUACAUGAAGAUGCUGGUGAGGAAGGAAGUGUUUGAGACCCUGAGAGUCCCCCUGAGAUCCGUCCACCUGAAGAAUAGUUCCUGCGCUGUUUCUGAGCAAGAGGAGGAUGGAGAAAGCUUCUUCGGAGCCAAGUUGACAGGAGAAAACCACACAACCUGCGGGUCAGAGAUCAAGGUCAAUGGUUCUCACGUGUCUUACGACAAUGUGAUCAAGUCAGACCGGGAGGAUAACGGUGUGAUCACCAGGAGCAAUGUGAUUCUCAUACAUUUCUCCUGCAUCUAUGCCUACAAGCGUGUCAUCAGCUUGCAAUACUCACUCCAGGCUACGGACACGUUUGUGCAAUUUUCAGUCAAAGAAGGGGACUUCACCGUAACCAUGGGCCUCUACGAGAGUGCCAGCUUCAAGAAGCCCCACAUCCAGCAGCCGCUGUCGCUUCUCAUGUCGGACACCCUCUACGUCCUCCUGCAGAUAGAAGGGCAAGACCAGGUGAAGUACUUCUUCCUAAGUGUGGAGGACUGCUGGGGCACCCCAACAAAUGACCCCGAUGACAGCACAAAGCAUUACCUCAUCAUGAAGGGGUGUCCACACGACAAGACGCUGGAGUUCAUCAAUGUCAUCGGAACCAGCACGGUGGCAAAAUUUAGCUUUCAGAUGUUCCAGUUCAAGAACCUGUCCGAAGUUUUCCUGCACUGCCAAGUCCGUCUCUGCAUUCCAGCUAACCAGGAGCCCUGCGUCAAGCAAUGUCCCAUCAAGCAGAGGAACAAGAGGCAGCUGGAGGAUGAGUACAUGAAGGUGGUCUCCUACGGACCUAUUGUGUUCGCAGCCCCCUCACACUUGGAAACCCGGAACGCCAAUGACCAGCCAUCUUUCUGGGGUUCGCAGGUGUGGGUCCCAGGUGUGAUGGCCGUGGUAGCCUUCAUUGCAAUCGUCAUCUUCAUAGCUAUUGUGAAAAUCAUGAAGAAGUGA